AUGUGGUCGCGAUACUAGCCAGUGAAAAAGUUGUCCUUAUAUACCCUCAGCCAAUAGGAUGGGCUGUGACUUCUUUCCGCUUACUAAUUAGGGGUGUGCACGCGAUACACUGUGUUUCACACCAGUAGAGUCAGAGUCUUAACCGGUUCUUAUCCAAUCACAGGGCGGCUUGCAUCCAAACACGGUGCAGCAGGCAGGGCAAUGCUGAGUGUUCCGGCUGCCGAGCUGUCCGUGUAUUCGCCCAGUGUUCCUCCUGUGAAGAUGGCCUCCUAUGUAGUUUCCCUGAGUGCAACAAGCUUUCCUGUCUUCAACUAGCGACUGGGAUUGCUUGCAAUUAUGGAGAUCUGAAAAGAAGACACGUUCUCAGAGAGGGGGGUGGCCCUCCCCCUCCAACCCUCCUUGUACGGUGCUUGAUUUUUGCCAGAAACUAAAGACUUUUGAAUGUAUUGUACAAACAAAAAUAUUUUUGUAUGAAAUUUGUGUGGGAAUAUAGAUUAAUAUAUAUUUUUUUAGGACUUUUGAGUGCCAAAGCUAUUUUUGUAGCACAUAAACUGAAUGAAGAAGUUAUCAAAACAUCUAAUGUUUCUGUCUUGAGUUUUUCUUUAUCUUUCUUUUUUAUUUAUUUUUAAUUUGGGCAAAUUACGUAAGGAAUCUGCAAAGCUGGAAGUGAGUAAAAAUGGAUUCGUUAUGGCCAGAGUGCACAACUAAGUGCCGAUCUCUCCAACAUGCUUUGGAUAUUGUGUCUGUGAUCACCAGAGGAAAUGAACAUCAGAUAAAGGCCUUUCUCUCCUCUUAUUGCUGUAAUGCCACUACACUAAAAGAUGAUUGUGGGCGUACCGCUACUCACAUUGCAGCAUCCUGUGGGAAAAAGGGAGUUCUUGAUUGGCUAGCUACAGUCAAAGGAGUAGAUUUGUCAAUCAAAGACAAAGAAUCUGGUUGGACAGCUUUACACAGGAGUAUUUUCUAUGGACAUAUUGAUUGUGCUUUGUCUUUACUUAAACAUGGCAGUAAUCUUCACAUUCAAGACAAAGAUGGGUACACUGCCCUGGAUAUGAUAAUGAAAGAUAGACCUUCUCACAUUGUGUUCAAAAUCAGUGAUCCUACUGAACUCUACACAUGGGGUAAUAAUAUUAAUUUCACUUUGGGACAUGGCAAUCAACAGAGCAAGCAUCAUCCGGAAUUAGUGGAUAUGUUCCCUCGUACUGGAAUAUAUAUAAAACAGGUGGUACUUUGCGAGUUUCACUCGGUGUUCUUGUCUCAGAAGGGGCAAGUGUAUUCAUGUGGGCAUGGUCAAGGGGGUCGUCUUGGUCAUGGAGAUGAACUCACGUGUUUGUUUCCUAGGUUGGUGGAAGGUCUCAGUGGCCAUCCAUGUGCGCAGGUGGCUGCUGCAAAGGAUCAUACAGUUGUACUGACUGAAGAUGGAUAUGUUUACACUUUUGGCUUGAACUCCUUCCAUCAAUUAGGAAUCAUGCCGCCACCUUCCAAAUGCACUAUUCCAAAGCAGAUUCAAGCCAAAUCUUUGAAAGGAAAGACUGUAAUAGGAGUGGCUGCUGGAAGGUUUCACACUGUUCUGUGGACAAAAGAUGCAGUGUAUACAAUGGGUCUGAAUGGAGGUCAAUUAGGGUAUUUGCUAGAUCCUAAUGGAGAAAAAUAUGUGAGCAGCCCUCGCCAAGUUUCUGCCUUGCAUCAUAAGGAUAUCUGUAUAUCUCUUAUAUCUGUGAGUGAUGGAGCUACAGUAUGUGUCACUGAAAGAGGUGACAUUUAUCUCCUGUCUGAGUAUCAAUGCAAGAAGCUAGCAUCCAAGCAGCUUAAUUUAAAGAAAGUCCUGGUUUCUGGUGGGUUUCUGGAAUACAAGAUUGAUACCCAAAUACUAAGAGAAAAUGGUGGCCAGCCUGUUACUAUACUCACACUUGAUGAAGCUGGAAGGGUGUUUUCCUUUAAAUACCCUAGCGGUUCUAUGAAACAAUGCCGAUGGGUUUACGGCAGACAAGUCUUUAUGUCAGACAUUGCCCUAAAUAAGAAUGAAAUGAUGUUUAUCACACAUGAAGGCGAAGGAUUUACUGGAAAGUGGGUGCUUGAAAAAAAAAGGAAUACAGAGAAAAAAGAAAGUUCAAUAUCCGACUCAUCCUUUCAGUCUGGUACACACAAUGUGUAUGAACGAAUUUCCCUUCAGAAGCUUUCCUUUGUCCACAGGGCUGUCGCUGUUACUACAGAUCCCAGUGGAUGUAACUUUGCUGUAUUGCAGUCUGAUCCAAAAACCAGCCUGUUUGAAGUUCCUGUGGUAUCUCCCUCCAUUUUUGCUGAUGAUUUUGAGAAGUUAAAAACUGAAGCACAUGAAACUGAUAGUAUCCAUGAUGUUUCUUUUCAAUUGGAUAAUCAAACUUUUCCAGCUCAUAAAUACAUACUUGCCAUGAGAUGUGAUUUCUUCAACAAACUUUUCUUUUCUUGGGAUGACAAUCAUCUGGACUACCCCGACAUAUACAAAAAAGGGGAGGAUGCUGCAGGGUGUGAUCUGUUUGUUAUUGAGAAGGUACACCCUGAUCUGUUUGCAUACAUCCUUCAGUUUGUGUACACCGACAAAUGUGACAUGCUGCUUCAAGGCCAUAAACCAAGGAUACGGUGCAAAGGAAAAGUAGAAGAAACGAAAGACAGUAUAAUCUCAGACUUCCAGAAAAUGAGCUUCUGUGAAGACGUUAAAGGACAGUCUGCAUAUGAAGUUUACAAAAACAACCAAAUCUGUGGGGAAAACGAAAAGCAGAAAGGCAAGGCAAAACCAUGCAAAAAAGGCAAAUAUAAUAAUGAGGAAACCAGCUCUAGCCCUGUUAAAAUGCUGCAGAAUAUAGCAAAGAAGUUUGGACUGAGCAGUCUAAGUUCCAGGCUGGAUGGAGUCAAGAUUGUGAAUGGCUUAAUAGAAGUUAUUCGCAAAAAAACUGGCAACAGACCAAGAUUCAACCAAAAUAAAUGCCCUUCCGUUUGUGAUGUCACUAUGAGGUCAGAAGAUGGAAAAGAAUUCCACUGUCAUAAAUGUGUGCUCUGUGCAAGAUUAGACUAUUUCCACAGCAUGCUUAGCAGCUCUUGGAUCGAGGCAACUUGCUGUACAGCACUGGAAAUGCCUGUCCGCUCAGAUGUGUUGCAAGUUAUUAUUGAUUAUAUUUACACAGAUGAAGCCCUUUCUAUUAAAGAAUCUACAAAUGUUGAAUUUAUUUGUAACAUUCUUGUGAUGGCAGACCAACUCCUGAUUGUACGAUUAAAGGAAAUAUGUGAAGUUAUAAUUACUGAAAGAAUAACGCUGAAGAAUGCUGCUGAGCUACUAGAAUUUGCAGCUUUGUACAACGCUGAGCAGCUGAAACUUUCUUGCUUUCAAUUUAUUGGACUAAACAUGGCAGCAUUGUUGGAAGCGAGGACUUUAGAUGUGCUGAGUGAUGAUGUUUUGAAAGAGAUGUCUGAUGCUUACAGGAAAAUGAUAAUAGGAAUGGAUCGAAGGAUGAUCACACCAUGUAUGGAUGGCCCGGAUAUCAGCACAUUAGACACAGAAGAUGGGGAAUGCCUAAUAUCCAUCCGUGAUGAUAUUUUUUCAGAACAAACUACUCCGGAAGCACUCUUCAAAAAAGCUAAAUCAAAAGCUAAAAAGAAGCCAAGAAAACGUUCGGACAGCUCUGGAGGAUACAACCUUUCAGACAUCAUUCAGAGUCCACCUUCAAAAGGUCAAAGCCUUUUCAAGUCUGAAAAGACAAAUUCAGCUGAGUCACUUCAAGAAUUGUUGACGUCUGAUUCUGAAGGAAGCGUUGUUGGGGCGAAUAGCCCAAGAGAGCUGCGAUCUCCUGAUCACAAUGCAGCAUACGCACCAGAUCAAAAUGAGGUUAAAGAUAAAAUUUGCCCUGUAAGUACCGGCUCCUCACCAUCAACAGGAAGUGCAACUAGCAAUAUGAUGAAGGCACCACCACAAGCAUCUUCUCCCAAAGCUAUCCCAAGUACCAGAACUUCCUCUUCCAGUUCUCCAAAAUGGGUUUCUAUUUCUUUCAGUCCGGCCAGCCCACCAGCAAUGGAUCUCAGAACCAUCAUGGAAAUAGAAGAAAAUAUACAAAAGUGUGGUGCAACACCAAAGCUUACUACUGGAGGAUCCAAACCUGCCUUACAUGGAAUGAAACUGUCUCAAAAACAGAGGAAGAUGAUGGCAAUGUCUUCUAAAGAUAACAGCCUCUGUACUGAAAAUGCACCAGCUAAAGCAACAGUUCCCAUAUCUGCCAAUCCAAAAAGUCCAGGAAAAACAUGGGCUUCUUCUUUCCAUCCAGGGGAGCAGAAGACCUUCCGUGAUCUCCUACUUGAAGAACAAAAACCCAUCAUCUCAUUUCUUCCAUUAAACGGUAAUAGCAAAACGAAUGUAACGUCCGAUGAAUUGGAUUCUCAGAUACAUGCAAGGAAACUAGCUGUGACUUUGACUCAAGAAGCUAAAUCAAAAUGUGAUGUGCCACAAGACAAUUCCAACCCUUGGCUUCCAGUGUUAAGUAAAAAUACAACAUCUGUGGCUCCAGUGACCUUUACAACCAUUGUAGAAGAGGAGAAAAAACAAGAAGCAGCCCUUAUCAGAAGCCGAGAGAAGCCUCUGGCACUUAUCCAGAUAGAAGAACGUGCAAUUCAAGACUUAUUAAUACAUUACCAGGCGCUAGACAAUCCAGAUGAGUACAUCACUGUAGAAAGAGCACCUCAAGAGCCUAUGGCAACACCAAUGUGGAACAAACAUUGAUCGUGGCAGUUGAGUUUCAUGGCCAAGGAAGAACCUUUUCUGGCUGGUUGCCGCAAGGCACAUUCAUGUUGUGAAUUGUAUGAAGAAAGACUGAUUUUUUUUUUGUGUGUGUGCAUGCAUGAAAAGAACAUUAGACUGUGAAAAAUAGAUACACCAUAAUGCAGUGGAAAGGAGCCUAAAUAUUUUUAAAGAAGUAAAAAGCAUGACGUUAGUGCUGCUAAACGCUCUUUCCCUUUACAAAACAUGGAAUUCUUUUGUUGCCAUUAUCUUUGAUGCAUGUAUUUGGCAUUUUACUGCCGGCAGCCCAAUCCUGAGACAACUGAUAUGAUACACGUGAUACAUUUGUGAAAGGUUUGUAAACUGGAGAAUAACUGCUACAUGUUUAUAGAAUAGUGUUACUACUUAACAAAAUAUGGUUGGUUAUUUCUUAGCAAUUGGAGCAUGCCCACUAUUUCAGCAGCAGUUUGCUAGAAAACAAACAUUUUUUUUUUCUGAUUUUAUUAAAUUGCUCACCUUUAAUCAUCAAAUAGCCAGACAAGACAAUUUCAAGAAAUAAUUCCCCUUUCUCCUGUCAUACAAAAUAUCAUGGUUUCAUGUUAAUAGCCCCUGGCAUUUCAUUUAUAUACCGUGCUUCUUAAAUUGGUUU